AUGGCGACGGCCAAGUCCCCUCUCACCUCACCACCCCAAGCGCAACCUCAGCAACCUCUUCACCUCCACAACCAAGCCUCUUCUGCCACCACUCUCGAGCGCUCGGGAUCGCAGUCAAUUGCCAGGACCCCUAGCCAGUCCAGCGGUUAUUUCCCGCGCUACAACCACCAGCAGCAGCAAUCGCAUCUCCAGGACCAUCCGUACUCCCCCGAGGAUCCUCACCACUACAACGCAAACCACUUUGCCGACGGCCACGACGACCCGACCAGGCUCAACACCAUUGCAAACUCGCGCAUCGUGUCCCCCGGAUCGCAACACGAGCCCCAGCGCGGUCGCAGCACCACGCCCCUCCCUGCUCCCGUCGCCCAGCGACCGACAAAGUUCACCGAGGAGUGGGACGCCAGCCAGCGCGGCAGCUCCAUCAUGAUGGACGGCGAGGCCAGCACCCGCACCCUGCAGCGGUCUGCCUCCGUCUCCGGCGGCUCCGUCGGCGGCCAGGACCACGAGACCUCCUCUCAGCUGCCCUCGCGGGGCAACACUCUUAAGAAGAAGGCCAGCCUGCGGAGGGGCGGCAGCCUCCGCCGCAGCAGCAGCCGGCGCAGCAUGAAGGCCGGCAGUGUCAAGAGCCUGGCCCUGCAGAGCAACACCGACCCGGACGAGAUCCAGAGCGCCUUUUACUGCCCCGUGCCUACCUCGGGAAAUCCCACCGAGGCCCUGGCCAACCGCUUCCAAUCCUGGCGCAAGAUCCUCAAAGAUCUCAUCGCCUACUUCCGAGAGAUCCAGACGCACUACGAGCACAAGUCCAAGUCUCUGCUCAAGCUCGCCAAUGUCUUGAACAACACCUCGACCCCGGCCGGCUUCCUGACGACGGGCGGCCUCGACGAGGCCCUGCAGGUCCUCCGCGGCUACAACAAGCAGGCCAUUCUCGAAGCGAACAAGGCGCGCGAGAUUGAAGAGGACGUCAUCCUCGCCCUCAUCGGCCUGCGCAGUGACCUCCACCAGAAGAUCAAGGAGAUCAAGAACCUGUCUGGCGAUUUCAAGAACUCGGUGGAAAAGGAGAUGGACGGCACCAAGAGGGCCGUCAAGACGCUCCAGGACGUCCUCGGCCAGAGCGACCUCGACUCUUCUCUGGCGACCGGCAAGCAGGACCCCUAUCUGCUGCGUCUCGCCGUGGACAGGCAGCUCGAGAGACAAAUUGACGAGGAGAACUACCUGCACCAGGCCUAUCUGAACCUGGAGAGCUCGGGCCGAGAGCUCGAGUCUAUUGUCGUCGGCGAGAUCCAAAAGUCGUACAAUGCUUAUGCUGGCAUCCUGAAGCGAGAGGCCGACGCGGCCUGGACCGCCAUCGAGGAACUGCGCGUCGGGCCCAUCGCCAUGCCCAAGGACCACGAGUGGACCAUGUUUGUGCAGCAGGACGACAAGUUUGUCGACCCCGAAAUCCCUAUCCGGCAGUUCCAGUACGUCCACUACCCCGGCCGCGACCACUACGCCUGUCAAGAGGUCCGCGCCGGGCUGCUGGAGCGCAAGAGCAAGUAUCUCAAGAGCUAUACGGCUGGCUGGUACGUGCUGUCGCCGACCCAUCUCCACGAAUUCAAGUCGGCAGAUAAGACGCAAGCGCCGGUCAUGUCGCUGUACCUGCCGGAGCAGAAGCUCGGCUCCCAUUCGACCGGCGAGGGAUCCUCCAACAAGUUCAUCCUCAAGGGGCGGCAGACGGGCUCGAUGCACCGCGGGCACACCUGGGUCUUCCGGGCCGAGAGCCACGACACGAUGAUGGCGUGGUACGAGGACAUCAAGGCCCUGACCGAGAAGACGCCGCAGGAGCGCAGCGAGUUUGUGCGCGGACACUCGCGCAGCUUCAGCCGCUCGUCGCAGCGGUCGGUCAGCAGCGACGGCGUCGUCGACGAGGAGGACGAAGAGCCCUUUGCGGUGGAUGCCGAGGCCGCCAAGCAGCACCCGAGGCAGGAAUCGCUCCCGAGACGACCUUCACCAGGUGGGCGCUUCCCAUCUGAUCUCCAGGUAAACGCACAACGAGGCUUACAGGCGCCCCACUCUCCGGGUAGUGUGAGUUCCGAGAACAACAACGUCUACAACAGCAACAACGCCGCCGUGGUCGACAGCGAGAAUCCCGACCGCGACGUGAUUGCGGCGGCAGGCGCGCUCCCUGGUAGCGGCAUCGGCGGGCAGGCCGGGCUGGACGGCCGGCCGCAGCAGGACAACCAGCAGCAUUUCGGUUACGGAGCGACGCCGCAGACCCCCAUGAACGAGGCGCCUUCGCACGCGGCCAUGAUCAACCGCGAGGCCCAGCAGGACGGGGUCAACCCCUAUACGAGCGAGCCGAUCGAGCAGCAGACAAGCACGAAUGAUGGGAACCCAGGCGUUGAGGAGCGACACCAGCAGCUCAGCGAGCACGAACGAGCGAAUUUAGGCAUGAUCAUCGGCGGCCCGAGACCUGUUCAGCAGCGACAGGAGGAUUCGAUGCACCGAGAGGUGGACGGCGAGGGAUUUGGGUAUCCAUCGGAGGAGAAGGAGGUGGCGUCAUCGGCUGCCAACAACAAUGCUGCCUACAUGGCGACUGGGGCUGGGGCUGGUGCCGUGGCGGGGGCCGCGUACGGUGCUUCGGGUCUCGAGCAGCAGCGCAUGUCUACGGCGACUGACCUGACCGCCACCUCACUGGGGACCGCCGAUCUCAACACUCCUGGUGAUGAAGCCGGCGGUCUCAUGGUCAACGGCUCCUCUCAACCGACAAAGGCGGCGCGACCCGUCUCGGGGACCGCGAGGAACGACAGCGUGCCCACCAUCUCACACCUGCACAUCCCCGGGGAGUAUCCCAAGUCUACACCUCACUGA